GGGAGUUGGCGCGCGCCGGCAUCCUGGAUUCCGUGAUUUGGAGCCUUCCCGGAGAGACGACUCGGUUUCCGGGAUUCUUGGGCCCGGAGGAUGGGCGAGAUCGCCAAGAGCCAGCGUAGGACCUACCGAGACCAGGAUCCCCCGCGAAUCCGCACCCGGAGCAAGGAGAACUCGUCGAGCCGGCCGAGACUCGAGAAGUGCCCGAGCGACCCGGACGUCCUCUCGGAGAGGCUCGAGCCGACCUCGGCGGAACCCUCGACCGGUAGUCGCGAUCGGGACUCGACCGGUUCCGGUCGGCCGAGGAGCGAGGAAUUCCUCGAGGAGCUCGUCGCCAAAGUGCCUUCCUGCAGACUCACCGCACAGGUGAUUACCAACGGCGUAAAGAGCGAGCCCGGCAGCUGUGACGGCCUGACGAACGGAAGAGAAAUGGCCCCGGUCCUGGGUGUUCCGCCCCCGCCGCCUGCCCCUCACAUGGGCCCGGAUGGUCUGAUUCUGCCCAGGAAACCGUACAAUCCCUGCUUGACGUCGGGUAGUCACAAGGACCUGCGUCGAGAGCUACUCUUCAAUCAGAAGAUAGGGAGGAAUGUUUUGAACCAGAAGAGCGAAUUGCAGCGAGCUUUGGAAAGACAGAGAGAAGCUGCCUCCAGAAAGGAAGCCGAGAGAAACCGAGAGGAAUCUUACAAGGAUGAUCCCAGGACAGCUUUGCAAAGGGCCAUUGAACAGAGGGCAAAACACAUACAACUCACGGAGCAACCACAACCUACGGAACCACCAAAUCCCUUGGUAACCGCAAGAGCAAAGUUACGGACUCGUACCGAUUCUCAGUGAAAGAAAAAAAAUCUAAUUGCUCAGAGUACGUUGUUACACUAAAAAGGAGAUAGUAGCGAAUUACAACGGUAUUUUCCCAGACUUUUAUAUGUAUUCGACUGCACUCGCCAUGUACAUAAAAACAAAAUGCAGGGUUUCACGAA